AUGGAUUUGACCUCGGAGGCGAUCCACGACGUGAUACACCCGACAGCCAUCUACGAAGUGCCAGCCGACCGCCUCGUGCCAGUCGCAGACCAGACCGACCCGCUCGAACCGGCCUGGGAGGACUCGCAACUAAACAUUAAAAACCGAAUCGACAGCACCGCGCCUUUGCGAUCAGCACUCUGGAGCAUAGAUGGCGGUGCCGGGCUGGGAACACAAUACUUCGCGGUUGCUACUUUCAUUGAAGAUGCCCCCCCAAUGCGCUUCGAUGUCUUCAUAUCCGAGAAGGCCACCGAGUCGCGGCUGAUACGACGGCUCCUAGACCUGGACGAUGCCUUCCACGCCCGUGACCGCAACCGAGUCCAGCAGCAAGCCAUCGCCGCUUACCUCGUGAGGGCCCUGCAGAUAUGGACGACGGAAGUGUACGGGCUUGAGAGGGUCAGGGAGAUGUACUACAACCAGCCCUUCGGGACCCGAAUCGUUUUUGAGAGCCUCCCUCUGAACGUCCGAGAUGCCAAAAUUGUCAUUGGUCCAAUGCACAAUCUCGAGUACCACCAGCUCUCCCCUCGGGAGUUGGGGAAAAUGUGGCAGAUGGGCGUGGAUCAAAUGCCGCCGACUGUUGACAUCUUCAGUCUGGUAUACGUUAGACAGUUGCAGGACAGUGUGUGUCUGGUCAAAUACCGUGGAGGUGAGGAGGGCACAGAGGCGCUCUGGGCGCUGAAGGCCCUCAUCAGCAGCGUGAAGUACAUGUACCACGAGCUGAGAAACCUGCUGACCAUGCCACCCCACCCGAACGUGCUCGGCCGACCGACCAAACUAGUUACGAAGAAGAUACGUUCCAACGCCCGGAGGACGGUCGUCAUUGGGUUUCUAGAGCCAUACUACUCCGGGAUCAACCUGCGGGACUCGCUGCCGGUGCUACGGAUGAACAACAUGCUCCGCCUCGAGGACCAGAUCCGCUGGGCCAAGCAGAUAUGCUCGGGGCUGGUCCACAUCCGGCACAAGGGCAACAUUUACUACGCGGACAUGCGGCUGGACCAGAUCGUCAUGACGCACGACAACACGCGGCCGGUGAUCCUCGACUUCGAGCAGCGGGGCGUGUGGUGCGAGUUCGCCUCUCCCGAGGUCAACGCACUCGAGUACAUGCGCAUCCUCGCCAGCGACGACUACGACGACGACGACGACGACUUCGGCGACGACGGCGGGGACGGCGACAGCUACGUGACGGUCCCGACGGCGGCGGAGACGGCCCAGCUCCGCAACCGCGCCCUCCGCGCGCGCUACGCCGCGCUCCUCAGCCAGCUGCACCCGGGCUGGCGCGACCUCGGCGGUGCCGACGGCCACUACCACAACCCGGCGCACGGCUACAACGUUGCCUGGGCGUGCCUGACGCCCGCGGAGCAGGAGCGCGCCGAGGUCUACAUGCUGGGCCGCCUCCUGUGGUGUGUCUUCGAGGGCAUGAGCGCCCCGCAGCGCGGCGCCGUCUGGCAGUCGUACCGCAACGAGCCCGAGUUCGAGUUCCCGGCCUUCGCGCGCACGCCCCCGGAGCUCAGGGGCCUCAUCGAGCGGUGCACGGCUGGCAGGAGGCCGCAGCUCAGCGGCCUCGUCGUCCGCAGGGGGAGCAAGCUCGAGAUGCGCGGCGACACUGCCGACGGGCCGCCGGGGCUUGAGUCAUCGGAAUCGAUGCAGCCUGCGGAGCAGCAUAUAAAACGUAACAAGAGCCCGGAGGCUAAGAUCCGCAUGAUACGCCAGGUUGCUGCCGACUUCUGGGGGGAGGAGAUCGCCUGGGCUGAGGACUUCUUGCUCGAUAGGGAGAGGAGGAUGAAAGACGGGACUUGGAAUGAGAACAUAUUCGGCCGGCCUUCGCUUGGGGAGGUUGACGGCGCGCUGGCAGCUUUCCAGCUCAAGGUGCUAGGAGAGUGA